UUGUCUUUUCUUUUUCAUUUCUGAAAUCAGCAUCAGGAACAUUUUGGAACUGAAACCUCAGAAAAUGUGAGUAAAUCAGCCAAUCUUGAGAUUGUUGCGAGUACCAAACCAAGGCAUGCCAAGAACAAGACAGAUGAUACACCCCUACUGGCCCCUUUCCCACCCCUCUGCUUCAAGAUCAAUGCUCGUCCACCUCCAGGGAAGCUCUACUACUUCUCCUAUGGAGCUACAAUGAACCCAACCAGGUUAUCCACUUAUAUAGGAUCCAAAGUUGAACAGAGAUUAUGGGGUAUUCUCUUUGGAUUUGCUCUGCAAUUCAAUAAGAAAGGUCAAGACAUAGAGGCUGGAGGCUUUGCAAACAUAGAGUUUUCUCCCGAUAGCUCUGUGGAGGGCUGUGUCUACUGCUUGAAUCCAUCUCAAUUAAAUUCACUGGACAAGUUUAUGGGUUGCCCAGAGUUUUACACCAAGAUUGUACUACCAGUAUGGAUGGUGAACUGCACUGACCCCAACAAGUUUGGUGUAGCCCAGUACUGUAUCCCAGCUGCUAUGUACAUAGCCCAGGACAAAUGGACCCAUACAGAUGAAUCGGCUCCUCUAGCAGCGAAUACAGCAUUCGACAGUGCAUGACAGGGGCAGACCUCUCUCCCCAGCCUACAAACAACAUCUUCAGACCCUUGUAUGCUGACCAUACACCCUGUGACCUGGUAAGCUGACCUGAGAGCUGACCUGAGAGCUGACCUGGUAAGCUGACCUGGGAGCUGACCUGGGAGUUGAUCUGAGAGCUGACCUGGUAAGCUGAUCUGAGAGCUGAUCUGGUAAGCUGACCUGGGAGCUGAUCUGGAAAUAUGACCUGGUGACUUGAUGAGCUCACUUGUCAAGGCCCUGGGAUUCUAACCCUGUCCAAUCUUUCUAGAUUCAAUAGACACUAGACCAGAUUCAAUGGAUAGUUUGAUCAGAAUUCAGCAGCAAUGUCAAAUGUGGGAGUUUAUAGUUCUUAAAACUGAUUGCUUAGGCCUUAGAUUUUCUUAGUCCUGAACCUUGUCUUAUAAACCUUUGUGAUUGAAUCAGAGUGACGUCAACUUGAUAUCAAUCAGAAAUCUGUACUGAGAUAAGGAUUUGUAAAUUUGUAAUUGAUUGAAGGACUUGCCAUCAAUGUGUAUCAAUCGCGACUUAGGACAGGCCCCUCAGCUUUUCGAUGCUUCACUACUGUGCACUACUGGGCAGCACUACUGGCACUACGGGGCAGCAUCCAAAUUGCAUAACUAUGAAAGAUGAAAAUAUGUUACCAACAGUGCUCCUACCUUUGAGCUUAUAAUUUUUGCAAUUUUUGCAAUAUGACUUUGGCAUAAUCAGAAUCUGAAAUUUUGUGUACAGAUAACUAUUUGAUAAUGUAAAGGGAAAAGAAAUCUUUGAGAACACCAAGAAAAAUGAAAGUACAUUUUUAUAGCACAUUGGUGCCAAAAUUCCCAACCUUUCAUCAGAAUAAUUUGUUUGAAGUUGAAAUAAUUGCUUUGUUAUUUCUAUAAAGAUGAACUGAUUUUAUAAAUAACCAAGAUGAUGAAGCAUGGGUACUUUGUUUCAUUUAAUAGUUGUGCUCAUUUGCACCCAAACCACCCUUUUUAUGUCUUCAUCUGUUUUUCAAAUUAGCAACACUUGUAGUAGUACACUCUCCCACCGAAAUAGUAACGUAUCUGAAACUUAUUCACAGGAAUGGGAGUUGCAUUAGCAAAUAACCAGUUGCCUGUUUCUAUUGACUUUGAGAUUAUCACUGCACUGUAGUUCCUUUCAAAACAGAUACAAAAAAUUGCACAAUUGUGCAGUAACAUGUUACUUUCAGGUGAUGCAUGUAGUGUAUCUUGUGGACAGUGAGUUGUAACUUUAUGAGUCAGAUCAUAAAAUGCUAAGUAUAAUCCUUGAUUUAUUAAGACAUUUUACCAGAAUUAAAAAAUGUCUCCACUGGGGAGUAUUGUAUCAUUAGCCCCUCUAAAACCCCAAAGAUACCAUUAGAUAAUGUCAUUUCCAUUACAGAGUGUUGAUGUUGAUACUUUUAAAAUUGCCCUUUGCUUAAGAGUGAGAGUAUUCCCCUCACUUCUUUUGGUAAAAUAUCAAUUGCACAAUAUAUGUUUGGCUGCACAUGGGUCAGGGUAGGUAACUAGACAAAAAUCAAGUUUCACCAGUUUUUUUUUUUUUUUUUUAAAUUAAAAACGAAUUAAGCUUUUAUGGAUUUGGGAGGAAGUAGAAAGUUCAAAAUCUCUGUUUAUCCAUGCAUAUAUUGAAAAUUUCUAACUUUUCAAGAGAGUUUCUGUUCAUGUACCCUGCUAUAUUUAUUCCAGAUGCAUGACUUUUUUACUAAAAACAUGCAACAGUAAAAGAA